AUGACGGAGCAAAUCAACUCAAAGGAGGGCCAAGAAAUCCACAUGCAGGAAAUCUUCGAUGUAUGCGUCGGAUCGGUAAUCAACCAGCUUCUGUUUGGAUACAGAUUCGAUGAGAGUAAUGUUGGAGAAUUUCGCAAGCUGAAAGCGAUGAUGUCUAACCAAAUGAAGGAGUAUGCACAUCCAUCGGCUGCUUUCUUGUUCGCGUUCCCGAUCUUCAGAAAGUUCCCAUAUUUCCGUGGACAAUGGAAGAAAUUAUUUGUCUAUCGCGAUUCGUUCUUCGCGUUUUUCAACCGUCAGAUUGAUGAACAUCGAAAAAGGAUCGAUUAUGAUUCUGAUGCCACAACUGACUAUGUGGCAGCAUUCUUGAAAGAACAGAAACGUCGAGAAGCCGAGGGAGAUUUCGAGUCUUUCAAGCAUCUUCAGCUGCAGAAUGUUUGUCUCGACCUGUGGAUAGCUGGAAUGGAGACAACGUCAAACCCACAUUCUCUUUGGGGUGUUAGUCGUAUCUCUCAAUCAUCCGAUGUUCAGGCAAAAAUGCAUGGAGGAAGCUGGACGGAGAUCGGCUCUCCCCGUGCGAUCACCAUGGCCGACAAGAAUAAUCUCAUUUUUACACAUGAAAUUCAACGGCUUGGAAAUAUAGUUCCGUUGAAUUUACUUCACGAAACGGUUCGCCCAGUGCAGGUCUUGAAUUUCGAGCUGCCGGAAAAAACAGGGAUAGUUGCACAAAUCAGUUCUGUUUUGUACGAUGAAGAGGUAUGUUGUCCAUCUAGUUGA